AUGUUUACUCACAAGACUGAAGUAUAUAAAUAUCCUUACACAUGGUUAAGGGAUAACUGCCAAUGUUCGGAAUGUUUUCAUAAAGGAUCGCAGAGUAGAACUUUGAAUUGGGACAAUUUUGAUGUUCGAAUCAAACCGAUGGAUUUCAAAGUAUAUUCUGAAACAGAGAAAGUAUUAAUAAAUUGGAGUGAUAAUCACAAAUCAACUUACGAUAUACAAUGGUUAAAAGAACGAAACUUUUCAAAGUCAAAUCGAGAUAGAGUAUUAAACACUUUGUAUAAACAGCAAAAAAUCCAUUGGAGUGCCGACGAAUUUACACAUAUAUUUCAAAAAUUUCAAUUCAAAGACGUUAUCAAUGAAGAUAGUGUUUUAUUAAAAUGGUUAUCGGCAUUGAGUCAAUAUGGCGUGGCUCUUAUCGAAAACGCUCCCAUUACUGAAAACGAAUGCAGGAAGCUCGCAGGAAGAAUCAAUUUUAUGCGUAAAACACAUUAUGGAGAAGAAUUUGAAGUAAGAGCACGCGACUUUGAUACAACAAGCAAUGUGGCUUACCUUUCGACACCUCUCCAACUACACACUGAUCUUCCUUAUUAUGAGCAUGUACCCGGAACCAUAUUUUUACAUUGUAUGGAGCAGAGUUCUGGUAAAGGAGGCGAAAACUUAUUAGCCGACUGCUUCCGGGCUGCAGAGGAAUUGCGCAAAAAGAACUUGAGAUAUUACAACAGUUUAUGCGAAACUGUUGUUAAUUGGUCAGACGUGGGCGAAGAAGCAGGAAAUAAAUUUCACAAAAUACAUCGGGCUCCGGUCAUCUGCAAAAACCACGACGGAGAUAUUGUGCGAAUCAAUCACAGUGUUCCACAAAGAGAUAGUUAUUUCAAUAUUCCAUUGGAAAAUGUCACAGAAUGGUACGAGGCAAUGCAUAUGUUUCUCCAAUUGGUCAGAGAACAGACAGUUACAAUAAAAACUAAACCAGGUGAUAUUCUCACGAUUGAUAAUCUACGAUUAGUACAUGGACGCACAGGAUAUACAGAUAGUAAAGCAAACACUAGAUUUUUGAUAGGAGCCUAUGUCGAUUGGGAUGAAAUAUACAGUAGGAUUCGUGUUCUACAAACAAAACAAAAAAAUAUUAACCAGUAA